GGCUGGAGGCACAGGGGCAUUAAUUGACUUAGCGGCCCGGGACUGUGCCAGGCUCACGGGACGGCUGCACCUCUCAGCGCCUCCAGCUCCGGGACUCGGUCGUCCCGACUCCGAGCGGAAAGUGUCAAACUUUCGUCCGUGCGCGGGUGGGGCUCAGCAGGACCCCGGCGCGUCCUGCCCGGCUCCCCCAGCCUCUCCGCAGGGUUAGCUGCGCUCAGCGCACUUUCCAGUUGCGACUCCAGGCCGGAAACUUCUCGGGAAUGGAGCGGGCACAGUGUGGCGGCAGAGACCGCGGCGGUAGCGGCCGACCCCACCUGGCCCCGGGGCUGGUGGUGGCUGCGCCUCCGCCCCCUUCCCCGGCCUUGCCGGUACCGUCGGCGAUGCAGGUUCCCCCAGCGUUCCUGCGGCCGCCCAGCCUCUUUCUGCGAGCUGCGGCCGCCGCCGCCGCCGCCGCCACCUCGGGAAGCCGAGGCUGCCCGCCCGCUCCAGGGCUGGAGAGGGGGGUGGGCGCGGUGGGCUGCGGAUACCCGCGGACGCCCAAGUGCGCCCGCUGUCGCAACCACGGCGUGGUGUCGGCGCUCAAGGGCCACAAGCGCUUCUGCCGCUGGCGCGACUGCGCGUGUGCCAAGUGCACCCUGAUCGCCGAGCGCCAGCGCGUCAUGGCCGCCCAGGUGGCGCUGCGCAGACAGCAGGCGCAGGAGGAGAGCGAAGCCCGGGGGCUGCAGAGGCUCCUGUGCUCCGGGCUCUCCGUGCCCCCCGGGGGUCGGGCACCCGGGGGCGGCGGCAGAGCGGAGAAUCCCCAGGCCCCUGGCGGCCCUGCGGCGGCGGCUGCGCUGGGACUCGGUGCCUUGAGACACGCCAGUGGUUCCGCGACCCCCGCUUUCGAGGUUUUCCAGCAAGAUUAUCCUGAGGAAAAACAAGAACAAAAAGAGAGUAAAUGUGAUUCGUGCCAGAAUGGACAACAAGAACCAAUCUCCAAAUCCCAUCAACUUUCCCUGGGAUCAUCUCCUAGGUCUAAUGGUGUCAUUGGGAAACAAAGCAUCAGGUCAUCUAUUUCAGAAUACUCCAACAAGCAUGAUAGUAUCCUAUCUUCUCAUCCUGGAGAGCAAUCAGAAGGUGAAGAGAGUCCCAGGUCCUUAUCAUCCUCUGAUCUGGAAUCAGGAAAUGAAAGUGAAUGCGUCAAAGACCUGAGUGCGACCAGGGCCAGCCUUCCUACAGUGUCCUCAAGACCAAGAGAUCCUCUUGAUAUCCUUACCAAGAUUUUCCCAAAUUACAGGCGCAGCCGUCUAGAAGGCAUUCUGCAGUUCUGCAAAGGGGAUGUGGUCCAAGCCAUUGAACAGGUUUUAAAUGGCAAAGAACACAAGCCAGAAAACAGGAACCUAGCAAGCUCAGGAGAACUGGAAAGCACAGCCUUUCAGAGAGCUUCAAGUUUUAAUCUUGCGGGAAUUGGUUUUGGAACUCUAGGUAAUAAAUCAGCUUUCUCUCCUCUUCAAACUACUUCUGCAUCUUACGGAGGUGACUCAAAUCUCUACAGCUUAAAUCCUAGAGUAGGCAUCAGUCCAUUAAGGCUGGCAUACUCUUCUGCAGGAAGAGGAUUAUCUGGUUUUAUGUCACCCUACCUAACACCUGGGUUGGUACCCACCCUGCCUUUUCGGCCAGCUUUGGAUUAUGCCUUUUCAGGGAUGAUUAGAGAUUCUUCCUACCUUUCCAGUAAAGACUCAAUAACUUGUGGUAGACUGUAUUUCAGACCAAAUCAGGACAGUCUGUAAUGUAUAUGCCCAUUCCCCCUUUCUGGAGUGUUUCUAGAAGCAUGCAAUACAUGCAUGUGCAUGCACAUACACACAUAUCCAUUAAUACACUUCAGUAAGUAUGUGAAUAGAUUAUGAGGUUUUAAAAUGCUAUUUUUUUCACAAGCAAUAUAAUUGGCGUUAGAUCUGAAGACCCUUCGAAUUUAUCAAGUGAAAGAAGUAAAUUUGAACAUUAUAUGUGCCUUGAAUAAAGCUAUUUCAGGAAAUAUUUACUUUAGUGAAUUUUCUCCCUAAAUUAUCAUUUGCAAAAAUGUUUUAUUUUAAAAACUAUACUUGUUUUUAUUUUAUUGAAAAGUGGAAUUUUUAGUGAUAAAAUAAAUUUGUAAGUAUAAAGCAAUCCAUCAUAAUAUAAACCAAAAGGAAGAAUUGAACAAUUAAGGCAAUUCUAAGUAAUUACUACUUCAAAACAUUUUAUUCUGUCCCUUGUUCAUAGGAAAGAAAAAAGUUAUUCAAAGUAUUUUAAAAAUAUUUUAUUUGCAGAUAGAUGAUACGUAAUGAAUAAACCAUUGGAGAAAUUUGAAUUUAUGUUUUCUGAGUGUUUUGUUUUUCAAUCUUAGCUUCCAUUUGUGAAAACAAGUGCCGUUAAAAACCGUUUCUCUUUAAAGUUAGCACUGGAUUACAGACUACGAAGUAAAUUUUAGAAAAUGAUACCGCGCCAUCUCCUGGCCGCUAUCACCAAUUACAACUGAGCUCUGUAGAGUACAUGAAUUAGAAACAUUGUGUCCAAAGAAUAAACUGACCGUGUUUUCAAAUAGUCACUUUGGAUUAUGCUACAUUAAAAUUUUCAUACUGUAAAGUGCACGUCUGUGGAUGAGAGUUUCAAACUGUAAGUGUGCUUAUGCUUGUAUCUGGGGAAAUAUCCUUUUCUUAUGGGGACAAGAAUAUAUGGCAGCCAUUCUGAAAGGUAAGAAUAAUUUUAUUCAGAAAACUAAAAUAGCUGCUCAAAUAAAUAUUUAUUAACUGGAGAUAGUUGAUGCUUAAUGCAGUGAGGAGAGACAUAAGAUUUCCAAAGGGGAAAAACUGCCACGAAGUUUCAGAGGUAUUCUUGCAAUUUUAAACAUACUUUUUUUCCUCCAUCUGGCACAUGUGAAAACUAUUUAUUUCAGUCAGUGGAAAGUCCCUGAGGAAACUGCUUACAAAACAAUUUCUAGAACAUUUUCUUUGUAUGUCAUCAUUUUUUUGAAGGACAGUAGCUUCAUUGUUAUUAAAAAUAAAUGGAAACCCAGUGGUGGUAUAAGAUAGUUGAUGAAUUAGAGAUUGUUUAAACAAUUUGAGCAGCAUGACUCACUAAAGAUUUUGAAAUUAUA